AUUUAGAAAGGACUUUGGAUCAACAUUUUAACAGAUCAAAUAUUUUGCCAUUGGCAAUCUUAGUAGCGUGAAUCUUUACAAAUAACUUAAGAGCUAAAAUUGGAAAUGAUAAUUGUACAUGGAAAUUAAAAAAGGAAUAAGUUAAAUAUCAGUACAGUAAAUAAAAGUAUUAUGUUCAAAAUGACUGUGAAGUGAAAAUGGGACAGCUUUAUUGGUGAAUAGAUCAGUUCAAAUAACAACUUGAUCAAAAUUUCUACAAAAUGGCGACUUGUAAACAAAUAGAUACGGAUAUUCUUUCCGAUGGAAUAUUUGAUGUAUUAUGUUCAAUGUGUAAAAAUAAAGGGAAAAACACUGAAGGUGUAAAAUUCUGUGUAGACUGUAAGGAUUAUUUCUGUAUAACUUGUGUUCAAGUACAUGGUCAAGUACCUCUGUGUGCUCGUCACAAGGUGUUGAAUAAAUCUCAAGUAAAGUCAGGAACCAGCAAAUGUCUGCCCAGGGCACCAACAGAGAGAUGUGACAGACACAGUCAUAAACACAUUGAUAUGUACUGUCAGAACCAUGAUAAUGUUGGCUGUUCUACAUGUAUGACAGUUGAUCAUAGAUUAUGCAAGGAUACAUUCUACAUACCAGAAUUUAUCCAAAAUAACACAUACCAAAUUUCUUCAAGAGAAAUUCAAACAAAGUUGAAAGCGUUAGCUACCACCCUUGCAGAACAAGCUGAUAGAUUUAAACAGGAUAAACAAAGGCUGUUAAAGAGGAAAGCAGAACUACUGGCUGAUAUCAGAAAAUUCCGUCAAGAAAUCAAUGACCAUCUGGACAAGCUGGAGAAAAGUUCUAUAGAUGAGAUAGAAGAUAAAGUCAAAUGUCUUGAAGACAAGAUAGAAGAUGGUCUCAAACAGCUACAAGCAAAUAAGUUUAGGAUUACAUCAGCUCAUGAUAAAUUAGCAUCUACCAAAGCAGAUCCAGCUGAAGUAUUUGUAAAUGUGAAGAUGGCACAGGAUGCUGCAAAUGUUGCCGACAAGUAUAUGGAGCAUGUCAAAAUGAAAAGUACAGUAGAAGACAUCAACUUUGAACCUGAUAGAGCAAUUCUUACGCAGUUUGAACAGAAGAACACCCUGGGUAGAUUAACAGAGAAACCUAUAAAGCCUGCUGCCAAUUCAUUUCAGAGUAAAGAAAAUCAAUCAUAUAAUGUUAAAGUUAUGUCUGAUGAAAGCAGUUGUAUUAUCAAGAGUGCCUGCUGUAUGGAAGAUGGUACAAUAAUUCUAGCUGAUUCCACCAACAGGAAGCUUAAACGGUUACACAGUUUCAACUAUACUGUAACUGACGAUUAUGAUCUACCUGGAUUCCCACAUCAAGUGUGUAUGAUCAAUAACACACAAAUAGCAGUAAAUGUUCCAUUACAAACGGAAGUUCAUUCCAUUUCACUAGAGAGAAAAAUGAAAACAAUAAAAAAGUUUAACACUGAUUUUAUAUGUUAUGGUCUUGCAUAUGCAAACAAUAAUUUAUAUAUUUCAGACUUUGACACAUCAGUUUAUAUGUAUACAUUGUCUGGUAGUAAACUUAAUCAGUUCAGUAAGGAUCUAUCAGGACAUGAGCUGUUCUCUCACAUAUACAGUCUAGCUGUCAGUAAGGAUGCUACAAGGAUUUAUGUUGCUGACUUUGAUAAUGGACUGAUAGUACUAAACAAGAAUGGUCAGGUUAUUACAUCAUAUAAUGAUGAACAACUAAAAGGGGCUAGCUGUUGCUAUCUCACUGAAGUAGGCAGUGUGUUAGUAUCUGGAAAUUACUCCAAUAAUGUUUUACAGUUUACAUGUGAUGGUGAGCUGAUAGGAGAGGUUAUACAAGCCGAUUGUAGAAAAGGGGAAAUUAGAUCAGUCUGUUGCAAUCAACAAAUGUCAAAGAUGUAUAUAAGUAGAUGUAUGGAUGACAACAUUGAAGUGUACGAUAUCUUAUCUUUUAAAUGAACCGCUAUCAUAAUCAAUAAAAAUAUUAAUUAAAUAUCAUCCUGAUUCAUAUGUAAAAUUUUAUAUUUAAACAUAAAAUGUUAAAAGAAAACAAAGUCACUUAAAUAACAUGAUUGU